ACAUUUUGCAGGCGAAGGGAGAGGCAGCGGCAUAAUCGAGCUCCCGGCUGGCGUGAGAGAAUCUUUGCACGCGCAGCCAAGCUCCAGUUCUUUCCAGUCUGAGUGCUGGUGCAAACUACAAAGUUUAAAGAAGCAGGUUGCUACCAUCCCGUUGCAAGCUGAAGUUCUUUUGCAUUGCAACAUAACUUCGGGCAGGGGGGAAAGAAGAAAGAGGAGGGGAAAGAGAACCCUUUGCUUUCCUCCCUCCUCACCAAUCGAAUCUCAACUCGCAUCGUCGCUUGAUAUGAAUGACAACUAUCAGCUGAACAGGAUGGCAACUUUGGAUGACAACAACAACGCCCCAGGUGGCGUGAUCAGUUACAUUGGUUCCAAUGGAUCUUCCCCAAGCCGCACCAGUCCCAUCUCUUUGUGUGGCAGUGACAGUUUGAAUGGUAGCUGCCAACUGUUUUCCCAUCCAACUUUCCCCAACUACUUCCCACCUUCACCUGCAGGAUCUCUGGUGCAGGAUUCUGGACGCCUUUAUGGGAGUAAUUCGGCUGGACUUAGUGAUGAUGCCUCCCCGUCGUCGUCUUCCUCCUCUUCCUACAGCUCUGGAGGUUCUCCAGUGGGACUCCAAGUGACCUUGGAUGAUGGGAGGCGUGUUUCCCCUAUCAAAAGCACCAGCAGCAGCAUCACGAAACUCAAUGGGAUGGUCCUUCUAUGUAAAGUUUGUGGUGAUGUUGCUUCUGGCUUUCAUUAUGGUGUCCAUGCCUGUGAAGGCUGCAAGGGUUUCUUUCGGCGCAGCAUUCAGCAGAACAUCCAAUACAAAAAGUGCCUGAAAAAUGAGACCUGCAGCAUUGUCCGCAUCAACCGGAAUCGUUGCCAGCAGUGUCGCUUUAAGAAGUGUCUGAGGGUUGGCAUGUCUCGUGAUGCCGUACGAUUUGGGCGCAUCCCCAAGCGUGAGAAGCAAAGGAUGUUGGCUGAGAUGCAGAGCGCAAUGAACAACAUGGCUAAUAAUCAACUGAGUGCACAGUGCCUCCCUGAGAAUCUCCCCACAGGACAUCCGCAGCCCAGUACCCUCUUGCUGGGCCACCAGUCUCAACCGGCACCUUCUUCCCCACCGUCCCGUGCAGCCUCCCCUCCCCAGAUUUCUCCUUGCUACUCCCAGCAGCUGACACCUCCACGAUCCCCAAGCCCUGGAGAUGUCAUGGAGGAUGUCAUCGCACAAGUGGCUAAAGCCCACAAAGAAAUUUUUGUUUAUGCCCAUGACAAACUGCCCACAGGGCCCCAACCACCCACAGGGAGUAACAGUUCUCCUAGUUGGGACAACAAUUGGUUGAUUAAUGGCACCAAUGGACUGCAUCUUCAGAAUGACAACUGGAACACUGGCUCUGCCUCUAGACCUGCUUGCCAUCAGAAUAUCCAUGGACAUAGGUUUUGCCCCUCUGGGGAAACAGACCUCUCCCUUAAGCAAGACGAAACCAGAGUCUUGGCUUGCCCAGUGAAUUGUCAUCCUCAUGGUUAUAGUGGCCGCACAUUUCAGGAGAUUUGGGAGGAUUUCUCACUGAGCUUUGUGUCAGCUGUACGAGAAGUUGUGGAAUUUGCUAAACACAUUCCGGGAUUUCAGGAGCUGUCACAACAUGACCAAGUCUCACUACUCAAAGCUGGCACAUUCGAGGUGCUGAUGGUUCGGUUUGCCUCCCUUUUCAAUGUCAAGGAGCAAACUGUAACGUUCAUGAGCCGCACAAAGUACAACCUUGAAGAGUUGUGGGGGAUGGGCAUGGAUGACUUGUUAACAUCCAUGUUUGAGUUCAGUGAGAAGCUUAGUGCCUUGCAACUAUCUGAAGAAGAACUGGGCCUCUUCACAGCAGUGGUGCUGAUCUCUGCAGAUCGCUCAGGCAUUGAGAACCCAGCAUCGGUAGAGCGGCUGCAGGAAACUCUGAUCCGGGCGCUGCGAGCCCUCAUCCUCAAGAAUCACCCCCAGGAGACAUCCCGCUUUACUAAACUGCUCUUGAAACUGCCUGAUCUGCGCACCCUCAACAUGCACUCCGAAAAGCUUCUCUCCUUCCGCAUUGAUGCUCAGUAGAAGAUAGCGAGGGCAGAAAUACUGCAAGUCCAGGCUCCUGACCAAUUCUCCCUGCUUUAUUGCACUAACCAGACUAUUUUGGGCCUGGACCUGGCUAUCUAUUUAUGCGGGCAUAGCAACUGCUACUCCUGCCUGCUCAGAAACAAACAGCACAACCGCCUUUGUAAAUAUAUCCGUGUAUAUUGGAACUGUGUGAAGAGAAUACCCCUCUUCCUGGCUGUGGUGCCAACUUCAGGAGACAAAUACAAUGAAAUCAAAUUCUC